CCCAAGGCCCAACAUACCUACCUCUGCCUAUGAAUGUAGUAGCAAAACAUUCAUAUGUUACUUGUAGUUGCUGAAUUUGAUUCUUAGUUCAAACAUAUGUGGGGUAUUUUUUUCCUCCCCAAAAAUUACUCUUAUCUCGUGACAAGAGCAAACUAGGUUACCUCCACCUAUGAAAUAAAACUUCUCUUCAAUUUGAGUAGUAAACUGUUCCAUUCUCUAACCCGGAUUCAUAAAGAAAAGAUUCGGUUUAGUAUCGUUUUUUUUUUUGUUGACGAAUGAGCGAAUUAAGCAAUAUAUGAUUGAUGGAUCAUACAUGCAUGAAUAGUGAUCAUAUUAGGUCAAAUAUUGGUGGGGAGAAGGAGAAUACACUAUGUAAGGAAAUUAAAGCGGUAUAAAAGCAAAAUAGGAUUAGUUGCUAAUUCCUUAUAGGAUUAGUACCGUACUAACUAAGUUAAUAGCUUCAAAAUUAUUUUAAGGUCAGAAUUAAAAGGAGGAUAAUGUAAUCAAUAUGCUUUAAAUCCUAAUAUAAUUAUUGCUACCAACCGUCUCUCAUCUCUCUCGGGCACUCGCGUUUCUCCCUUUAUAUCUUAAGAAACCAAAACCAUCUUCUUCUCUCUUGCAACUGCCAUCUCCGGCCACCCUGCCCAUUCGACCACGCCUGCAUCUACCUUGAUCACGCCGACCUUGGCCUCGACUGCAACGACUUGCCAACCCCCACGCCGGCCGCAUCAUCAUCAAAAUCAUCGCCCGUGUCGACAUCUCCGCACACAACCCUUGCAUGUACAACCCUCGUCGCCUCCUCCCUAGACUAUGUCUGAUUUAACAAAAAAAAACAAUCACAUAUAGAGAAGCGCCUCAUUACUCUCUACCGUUAGAUUUAACUGAAAAAUAAUAAAUCGUGAGUAGAGUGGUUAGUAGUUACCACUUAGAGCAUUCACUUAAAACUAUCAUAUUCAAUUGCAAAGUGAUAUGACAAUGAAAAUGCAAUUGCAUUUUCAAUUGUAUUGAUGGAAGCCUCAAUUGUAACAAUGCAAUCUACCAUUUCUUGCAAUCCCAUUUGCAAAUUCCAUUUUUUUUAUGUUUGGAUAAAAUAAUAAAUAACCUUUUAUUUUAUUUUAAAAAAAGUUGUGCCCGCAUAUGCUAUUGCAAGUUUUUAUUUUUAUUUUCGAGUGAUAUCAAGAGAAGACAAGAGUUAUACAAACAAAACUACCCAGAAACAUCUUACAAACGACAUCCUAAUGAAGCCAUCCAAAAAAGUUGAAAGACUCUUAACUCUAGGAGAGACAAAAACAGUGCUUUACGCGCCACUCUAUGGGGCAACACUGUUGGCGGCUCUAGUAACCACCCUAAACUCUAUACAAACUGACAAAUAGUCUUGGAUCUGACGACACUUUCGUAGCACCGGACCUCCAAUAGAAUUUUCUAGAACACCUUGUCGAAUCUGGUUGACGGCCACCUCAAAAUCACCUAUCACAUAUGCAAUUGCAAGUUAAUUUUAUUGACGUAGGUAAAUGAAAAUAAUGAGUUGAAUUACAUAAAAAAAAUUAGAUGACAUUAAAUACCACAAAUGCAAUUGCCGUCAAUUUAUAGAACCGCCAUCACCCAUCAGUACCACAGAGCUUUUUGAGAUUGUUGGGCUUCAUCUGUAGGCCGCUGUCUUUGUUUUUGGGCAUUUAGCGCAGCCCAUAUAACCGAACGCGGGAGAAUGGGAACAGAUCCAAUUGCCGGAGAGUUUAGCUGGGGCGGGGAUUCGGUCGCGCCAAGCCUGGCAUCGCCAUCGAGUGGAGGAUUAGGGUUUUUCUCCGUGCAGCAGCAUAUCAUUUGUAAUCCGCUCUAUAUAAUCUCCAUCCGCCGCAGUGCGAAAUGCAUUACUCGUUGGGAGAAGCCCCGAUUCGCAGGCAGCUCCUCUGUUCCUUACGAUUAAGUUUUCUUGUAUGGUUCUCUUCUUUUCGUCGUCGUCUUGGUUACUCUGGAUCAAUGGCCGGUGAUGCGUUUUAGCUUUUGUCCGUACCAUCUGAGAAGAGAAAUCUUCGUUCAUGAUGUUUCUUAGCUUCUGAGGCCGUUUUUUGAUUUCCUUACAUUUGAUUUCGUUUUCAAAUCAUGCCGUUUCCCUUUAUUCAUCUGGAACAUUAUCUAAUGAUUGUUUGAAAGAAAGGGCAGUGAUGACUGAAAUUUUACCAUCAAACUUUGAGGGCUCGGUCAUAAAUCUUGAGCUUGUUGAUGCAAAUAUAAUUUCUUUAUGCUGAGCCUUGCUAAAAUUUAAUUCUUGCUUUCGAUGCUGUUUUGUUUCGUGAAAUAUUCAUCGGUAUUCGGCAACAAUUUAGAGUCUCUGGACUACUUUCAAUUCGUAGUAAUUCAGUGCUGUACGUUGCCAAUAGGAAAAAUGGAUGCCUAGAUUCUGGCAGAUUGCAUAUUUUUUUUUCCGGGCUUUCUGCAUUCAGAUGGCUCCUACAUUUCUCAAAUGAAUUGUUUUCUUUCUUUUGUUAAUCUUACAUCCUCAAUUGUUUGAGCUUUCGCGUGGGGAGCAAGGUAGGCGACAAAUUAGAGUCUCUGAUGCACUUAUUCUCAGUAGUGCAUUAGUGCUGUACGUUGCCGAUAUUGAAAUUGUAGCUGAGAUUCUGUCAUGGUCUCCUUUAUUCAUGGUGGUUAUGCAUUCAGAUGCCCUCACAUUCCAUUCCGUAUUUAUCUAUAUUUUGCUAGGUCUGAAGUCUCAUCAUGCUUGAUGGAUCUGUGAGUUGAUAACCGAUUUGUAAGUUACUGGAAUUCAGGGUAGUGGUCCGCUAACGAUGCAGUUGGGGUUGCUUCGUCUUCGGUUUUCUGGGACAUUCCUUAUAAGUUGUAGGCCGUGGAGGAUUGCUGCUUAAGCUCUUGAGGGGCUGGAAUUUCUCUGUAAUGUUGAUUAUUGCAAAGAUGAUGAAGCACAUUUGACCCUUGCUUCAGUGAUUCGGAUCAAAUAUCCCAGCUCACCGAGGCCGUUCCCCCAGGAUAGAUUUGGCUGAUACUCCUUUGCGUAUGGGGAUGCUGUUGUCUCCAAUGAAAUUGGAAUAUCCCCUUAGUAGAGUAUAUAAUUAGCAAGUUCCCUUCUUUGUGCCCUUGUAUCAAUCAAUGGUAUGUAUAUGUUGCUAUUCAUGAAAUGAAGCUUCCUAAUGCGUGAAAUGAAUGUAAAUACGUUCU